AUGGCUCAAAAUAUGAUAAUUGGAUUAAAUAAAAUUAUUAAUGAGUAUAAUAUUGAUGGUAGCGAUUGUUUUGUAAGAGCUUAUUGGAGAGAAUGGAUUACUGAUGAUAAUUAUAGUCAAUUAGUUAAACCUCUUGAUAGAGAUGCUAUUAUUAACGAUGUUCUAAAGGAACAAGCUGAAAAGAAUUUAGAUGUUCAAAGCAAAUACGAUCAAGUUAUGAAGUUCAUGAAUGUUAAACAUCUUGAUAAUUAUGUGUAUGAUUUCCCUACAUUUGAUAGUAUUACUAAGUUAGAAAAAUAUAAUUUGAUGAAAAUAACUAAUUUCUCUAGAAAAUUACUCGAAAAUACUAAAAUUAAAUUUACUGCAUAUGAAGAUCAAAAUAUGACUUAUGAAUAUGAUUUUAAUGGUAAUGUUUCGAAAUAUAUUAAUGAUAAAUUAUAUUACGUAUUUGAGAUUAUUCCAGGUAAAAAGAGAGUAGUUUGUGUUGGUGAUACUAAAAUAUGGGAAAAUAGUUUACAUUUAUGGAAUAGUACUAAAUAUCCUUAUGUGAAAUGGACAGAUGAAAAAAUUAAUAAUAAUGAAUUUAUUAGAUAUAUUAACGAUUAUAAGUUUCAUAUAAAUAAUGGAAAGGUCAAGUAUUGGGAAAGAUUAUAUAAUUUCCAAGAUAUGUUACUGGGUGAAAAAAAUUAUACACCUGAUACCAAAAUUGGUAGUUUAGAUUUAGAGACAUUUGGAAGUAAUGUAGCUGGAUUAGGAGAAUUAUCUGUUUAUGCAGGUGGAUGUGCAUUAAAUACUGGUUAUAAUAAAAAAUACUAUUUAGAUUCAGAUAAUGGAAUAAAGUCAGGUGAAGAACUUAUACAGAAAAUGUUUAAAGAAUUAUUUGAUCAUAUAGAAGAAAAUAAAAAACUAAGAAAUAGUUACACAUUAUAUGCUCAUAAUUUAGGUAGAUUUGAUUCUGUGUUUAUAUUAAAAAGUUUAGCUACUGCUGGUUAUAAACUAAAUGGUAAAUGGAGAGAGAAUGAUCUUAUUUCAUUAAAAAUUACUGAUAUACACAGAAAAUUAAAUGUGAAAUUAUUAGAUAGUUUAAAACUACUACCUGAAUCUUUAGAUAAAUUACUUAUUACUUACGGAUGUACUAUUAAUAAAGGAAUGUUCCCACACAAAUUUAUUAAUAAAAAUAAUUUAAAUUAUAUAGGACCUAAACCAGAUAUCAAAUAUUAUGUUGAUGACCAUAAAAUAACUGAUUUGAAAGCUAUUAAUUAUAAUAAUUUACCUAAUGUUUUAAAUGUUAAAGAACAAUGUUUAGAAUAUUUAGACAAAGAUAUUAUGGGAUUAUUAGAAAUAAUGAACAAAGUUAGUUCAAGAUAUUACAAAGAAUAUAAAAUUAAUAUUACUAAAUAUCCUACAUUACCUGGAUUAUCAUUAGCUAUUUAUGGAUACUGGUUUAAAGAUAAUAAACAUAGUAUUAAAAUGAUUAAAGGACCAUUAGAAAAAUUUAUUAGACAAGCUUACUUCGGUGGUAAUAGUAAUAUUUUUAAUCAAGAUAAUAAUUUAUUUGUUAACGAGGGAUAUCACUAUGAUAUGAAUUCUCAAUACCCUAAUGCUAUGAAAUGUGCUAUGCCUACGGGUAACCCUGUCUUUAGUAAUAAUACGGAUUUAAAUUAUUAUAAUUUAGGUUUUGUAUUUGCUAAGAUUACUCCACCAAGUAAAGAUAUUUUAUCUAAUUUAUUUAUUCAACACAGAAAUGAAGAUGGAUCAGUAUCUUGUCCAAGAGAAACCUUUUAUGAAUUUAUUUCAACAGUAGAUUUAAAACAAGGUAUAGAAUAUGGAUACAAAGCUCAGGUUGUAUGUGGAGUUAAUUUCCCUCAAGCAUGUGAACCAGGUGAGUUAUUUGGUAAUUUUGUAGAUACUUUAUAUGAAAUUAAAGCAAGUACAACUGAUCCUAUUUUAAAACAAGUAGCUAAAUUAAGUCUUAAUUCUACUUAUGGUAAAUUUGGACAGAAAGAACAAGAAUAUAAUAUCAAAUUAGUAUCGAAAGAUGAAGUAAAAAACAUUAUUUCUAAAUACCAUUAUACAUAUCUGGCUGAGAUAUCUGAAGAUCAAUUUAUUAUCAAAAGUGGUCCUAGAGUUAAUGAAAAAUUAAGAAGAAUGUAUGCGGAUUAUGCUAAAUUAAAUAAGAAUGAAAGUUUAGAUAUGAAAUUAACUAAAAUUAUAGGGAUACCAACAGCGGUACAAAUUUCAGCAAUGAUUUCUAGUUAUGCUAGAGCUUCUAUAAACCCACUAAAAAAUAUUCCAGGUAAUUUAGCAAUAGCAAGUAAUACAGAUAGUUUAAUUUUAAGAAAACCACUUCCACAAGAAUUAAUUGGUAAAGAACUAGGAAAAUGGAAAUUAGAACAUAAAUUUAAAAAUGGAGUGUUUGUAAGACCUAAGUUAUAUUGUUAUCAUGAUUUUGAUACUAAUCUAUUUAUUAAAAAAGCUAGUGGAGUUGAUGCUGGUAAAUUAACAUAUAAUGACUAUGUACAAUUAGGUAAAGGUGUUGAUAUUUUAACUAAUAAAAAUGUUUUUAAAUUAAAUUGGGAUAAACUAAAAAUAGAAAUUAUGAAUGUUGAAACUAAAUUAAAU